UUUAUGUUAUGAAAUAUCUUGAUAACGUUUGUUCGUUUUGUGCAUAAUGUACAUGCGCAUGAUAGUGGCUUAUACAACACAGUGAUUAUACACAAUUAUUUUAAUAUACGUUUUGAAACAGAAAACCAUGGUUACUUUAUAACUAACGUAUGCCUGAACCUUGUUUUGCUAUUGAAUAAAAAACUUUUAGCAGUUUUAAAACUAAACUCUCCAAAAGUAGACAGUGCAGGAAGAUUGUAAAAACUAUAAUUUACGUACGGAAGAGAAUAUCUUGUAAACAUUAACAGUAAAGUGUAUUGAUAAAAUAAUAUUUAUUUAUCAAUAAACACAAUUAUUGUUUUUUUAGCGUACUUCAGAAAACAUGUUUAAACCAUCCAAGUUCCAAAAAUCCAAAGAUAAAAGGAAAGGAAAUAUAUGGCAGCUGUUUCGAGCCACGGAUUUUGAAUCAUUGAUGUAUCCUUGCUUCACUAUUGGCCGUAUUCUGGGGUUGUUUCCAUAUCAGAUCAAUGCUUUAAACAUCAAAAUUUGCAGAACGUGCUAUGUUCAAUCGGCCAUCAUUACCUUCGUCUUUUGUAUUUACACACUAUACUCUAUCUACUACUACAAUUUUUCUGAAGAUAUGGAGGACGCAGACAUACCCAUACCCAUAUUAUUACAUACAAACUGCAAUUUAAUUUUCAGUGGUCUCACGGCAGUUCAUUUUAAGUAAACCACGGAUUCGUUUAAUUCAAACCAUAUUGGAACUCUCUUCAAGAUUACCUUUGGAGUCAUAUCAAAAUCUAUCUAAAUUAAUCCAUGCCAAAGAUAUUUUUUUUCUAGUUCUUAUAUUCAUACCAUGAUCGAUAUUUGUGUACCCUCCUGAAGACAUCAAAUACUUUAUUAUUUCAAUGUUUUUACUAUACCUUCACCUGAUGAUGUAUCAAAUAGACAUGUUACACAUGAAUUGUGUUUUCGUAUUAAAAGCUUGUUUCAAGCAAAUCAACGAUAAUUUGAUGAAUCUAACAGAACCAGUAACGAAUGCUGAGCCACAUAUUCUUAGAGAAAUCUAUUAUAAUGAAAGAAAUCCAUUAGUGGAACUCGAGGCUUUGAAGAAGCAACAUUUGGCAAUCAGCAAGACAGUGCAAGUGCUAAAUAAGAUUUUCAGUUUCCAACUUCUUGUUACUAUAAUUAGAAAUUUUGCCGGAGUCACUUUUAUGUUGUACUUUGUUUUAAUGCGUUGGAAAAUUGAUAUGGUGGCAGAUAAUUUAAACAGCCAGUUAUACGAUAUGUUUAUGAUAUACAAUAUAAUACGUUCUGCUUUAAAAAUGGUAUUGUUAACAUGGGCUUGCGAAAGUGGCAAGAAUCAAGCUGUUGAUAUCAAUACUACUGUCCACAGCGUGUUAAACUUUACCAGCGAUAAGCAAAUAAAACGCGAGCUGCAGCUAUUUGCUCUGCAAUUAAUGCAUCAUAAAAAUGUGUUCUCUGCGAAAUGGUUUAAUAUGGACAUAGCAUUUCUCACUGCUGUAAGUGAUCGAACAUUUACUUCUUGUUAAUGAACGUAAAUACAUUUAACUUUACUUUUUGAUGUUGUUUUUAAGAUGAUAGGCGUCAUUACAAGGCACUUAAUAAUUAUGAUACAAUUCCUGUUUCCUUGCAAGUAAAUUUAGGUAAAUCACAAUUAAUUUAGAUGUAAGCUAAUUAGUAAGAUAUUUAAUCAAAUAAAAAAAAUAUUAAAAUAA